AUGGGAAAGAGCAAGAACAACGCUGGCAACGCCAACGCCGACGGUGCUGCCAGCGACAAAGUUCAGAAAUCCGCCGGCACCAUCGACUUCCUCUCCACCGAGCAGACGCUCGACUCUGCUCAACAGCAGGUACGCCUUCCUCACAUCUCCAAGCCUUUCGCUCGCGAGUCUUGGGAGCGUGCUCGUCCCUGGAUGCUCAUGCAGCGCCAAAAGCUCGAGGGCAUGGGCUGGGCUCCUGCCGACAAUGCUCGUAUCGACCUUUACAGUUUGAAGAAGAACGCUCCUCACGGCUCCUUCACCGAGGAUGGUUUCGUCUACCUUCGUGUACCCAAAGCCUUUAUCAACUUCCAUCGAAGCGGCAAGCCCGAGGACGAAAAGAAAGACGACAAGACUCACCGUCACACUCGACGCAACAUUCACUCCACCGUCUACGGCAUUUCCGACCCGUUGGUUUGGAAGCUGAAGAUCGACGCUGCCGAGUCGGACGAAGCGGACCGUGUGCCCAACGUCGUCUUUGACGUCCUCGAGCCGAUGGAAAACAUUGCCUAUCUCGUCAUGACCCUAGCUCCCGGACUCAUCGUCCUCAACGCUUCUCGCAAGGACGCCAUGAUCCCCGGAUCUCACUCCAUCGAGACCUCUCCAGGCGCACCGUCCAUCCGUCACCAAGCUCUCUUCGCCUCGUCCGAGGAGCUUACUCGCACGCUGGCCCCUGCUUUCUGGUACAAGCGCAAUGCUGAGCACCUCCGCAAGAUCCUCGGUGAUGUAGCUUUCGAAGCUACGCUUCGCGCCGCCGAGGACGAGGAGCGCUGUACCACCCGCAAACUGGGCGAGGUCGCCGAGAGAGUCUGGGAAGAGAUCCUUCCCGUCCAGGAGAAGAAGAAGAAGAGCAAGAAGACAUCCGGCAAGCGUCGCGACAGCACGGCCACCAACGCUACCGCAGCAGCAGCGGAAGCUGGCAACAACGCGCCUUCGGCCAACUUCACCCCGAUGCAAGCUCCUGGUGUUGCCUGA